UUAAAUAAAUAUGUCUGCACAUCGGUUGUAUCUCCAUCUCACGUCUUUCCUUGCUCGACUCAAACACAUCGAUCCGUCUCGUCUCUCAGCCCCCCUCCCAUCUCAGGGUCCUUUCGCUUCCUCUAAAAGAUCCGAGUCCCACCAACCCCCACUGAGCAGAGAUGAGUGGUGAGACCAAUGCAAAUGAAGGAGGUGAAGGAAGCCAAUCCCAAUCCCAAUCCCAAUCCCAAUCCCAAUCCCAACCUCAGACUCAGCGACCCGUUCCUCGCCUGAACGAGAGGAUCCUUUCCUCUCUGUCCAGGAGAUCUGUUGCUGCCCAUCCUUGGCAUGAUCUCGAGAUUGGACCCGGUGCUCCCCAUAUUUUCAACUGUGUUGUUGAGAUAAGUAAGGGCAGCAAGGUGAAAUACGAACUUGACAAGAAGACUGGCCUCAUUAAGGUUGACCGAGUGUUAUACUCAUCAGUUGUUUAUCCUCACAAUUAUGGGUUCAUCCCUCGCACUUUAUGUGAAGACAAUGAUCCACUAGAUGUGUUAAUCUUGAUGCAGGAACCAGUCCUUCCUGGCACCUUCCUACGUGCUAGGGCCAUUGGACUGAUGCCCAUGAUUGACCAGGGAGAGAAAGAUGACAAGAUCAUUGCAGUAUGUGCUGAUGAUCCAGAGUACAAACACUACACGGACAUCAAAGAGCUUGCCCCCCAUCGCCUUUCUGAAAUCCGCCGUUUUUUUGAAGAUUAUAAGAAGAAUGAAAACAAGGAGGUAGCUGUCAAUGAUUUUCUGCCCUCAACAACUGCCACUGAAGCCAUCCAGUAUUCAAUGGACCUUUAUGCUGAAUAUAUUUUGCACACCCUGAGGCGAUAAUGUUGCGGGCUUUCUUUCAAGUUCAGCAAGAUGUUUGACAAAGCAAAGGAUGGAAUAUUAUUGAGAUCUGUUUUGGUUUUAUUCAUGUGGGGUUAUCUGUCUCUGCCCACUUGGUUGAACUUCUGGUUAAUAAUCGAUGACAGUGAUAUCCUACUUUGGUGGACUUAUAAUUUGCUGAGAGACUUUGGCUAUAAAGAAUUCUAUGAACCAUUGAUUUUCUUAUGUUUCUA